AUGGCAUUGUUGAAGGAUGAGGCGAGUCGGAUCGAGGAAACAAGAGAAAUAUUGGAUGGAGAUGAGGAAACCCGUCAAAGUCUGGGAAAGAAUGAACUGGACAUCGACGACUAUAGCAAAUACAUGGACCUGGCCAGUGUGCCAGAUCAAGUCAUGAUGGUGCAACCGGUGGGCGGUUCGGGGGCGUUUAUGUAA